CACUCUUCCACCCUCAAACGGCGAAAGCUGUCGCCAUCCCGCCGACAGGAAAAUUCGAAGCAACAGGACGCGAUUGCGCCAAACGAGAAACGGAGAAUCGCGCGGAAAAAAAAAAGAAAAAGUGAUCGAGGAGACUGGCCAUGUGUUAGGAACACGCCGUUUUCGAAAAGCGAGAAAGGUGCGCGAGGGACGACGGCCCGCAAAACAAAAUAUAUUCUCGAUCUUGGGGGAUCGAUUCCGGUAGCGGGUGCGCGCGCGAUCGCGUUUGAUUUCGAUCGCCCCCGCGUUCCUCGAGCGUCAGGAAGUUGUUAAUCCGUUAACUCGUUAACUAGCGCGGCUAGAUAAGAGCGGACAAGCGCGCGAGCGGCUAAGGGGAAGCGGAGGAAGGGGAGAAGGGAUCGACGGGCCACGUAGUGCUGUGAAACUGUCUGGUGAUGCGUGAUCGAACAACAACUUCCUGAACGGAGGCUGCCGUUGCUGACGCCACUUCCUCCACCAUCGACGGUCCCGCGAGCCAGCUGGUACGAGGAUCGUCGAUCGAUAUCGACGACGACACGGGGCUACGGAUCCCGGCUUCCUCGGCCUGCCAGAAUACUCGCAUGCGACGGUUUAAGCCGAGGGUGAAAGGGUCGGUCGGGACCUUAAGCGGGAUAAGGGAGAACCUGAGCUGCUGAGUCCGUAUCGGAAUCGAGGCAAGGAUUCUCAUGCACGCCGCGAACUUGCCCGGCAUCCCGUGGUCGAGAGGAGAGAAGGAGCAUGACGUAGUCGUCGGCGAGGGGGGCUCUUGGGAUGCUCCGGACUACUUCCGGCUAGGGCCGUCGUAUGGAGGGGCAGGACGUAAUCACCACGGACGGCAACCAGUUUUUAAACUUCACGACUCACAACGCCACGCGAGGCGACACCGACGGAUCCCUUUUUCGGGUCUUCCCCGGCAAAAACUCACCUUACACCACUACUCAGGCAAUCGCCCUCGCUCUGGUACUCGGCAGCAUCAUCGUCGGGACGGUGAUAGGCAAUAUUCUCGUGUGCGUGGCGGUAUUCCUCGUUAGGAAGCUACGGAAGCCGUGCAACUACCUGCUGGUCAGUUUGGCGGUGAGCGAUCUCUGCGUGGCGCUUCUGGUGAUGCCGAUGGCGUUGCUAUACCAGAUAUCGGGCAACUGGUCCUUCGGCUCGCUCAUGUGCGAUCUCUGGGUCAGCUUCGACGUGCUCAGCUGCACCGCCAGCAUCCUCAAUCUCUGCAUGAUAUCCGUGGACCGAUUCUGGGCCAUCACGAAGCCGUUACAAUACGGGAUUAAGAGGACGACGCGACGGAUGAUCAUCUACGUCAGCUUUGUUUGGUUAGGAGCGGCUUGUAUCAGUCUGCCGCCCCUGCUGAUAAUGGGAAACAAGCACACCUAUUCCGAGACCGGGCCCUCGCACUGCUCGGUCUGCGAGAAUUUUUUCUACCAAAUCUACGCGACCCUCGGCAGCUUCUACAUACCGCUGUUGGUCAUGAUUCAGGUGUACUAUAAAAUAUUCUGCGCUGCGCGCAAGAUUGUCUUGGAGGAGAUAAGGGCACAACUUCACCUGGAGGUGCACUGCCAUCUCGACAUGGAGCCGCCGACCGCGCAGCAUCCGGCCGCGCCCGCAGUGAACCGUCAAUUAAAUUCUUCCGACAUGCAGACGAGUCAAGGCAGUCCGCCGGCGAAACAACACAGAAGUUCCAGCGCGUCUACUACGUUUGGAAAGCGUCUUGUCCGUGAAAGGGCGUGAAAGGGCCGAUUUAUGCUGCCGUCGUCAUCGCCGUCGCCGCCACUGCCUUUCCCAAACGAGAGCACGAUCGUGCGUCCCGAUAUUUCUGCAUGCUGGUGCACGAUCCUCCUCAUCGUUAAGAAGCAUUCGAAUGCGGCUAAUUGAUGGGAUCGGAACGCGCAUCGGCCGAUCUGCGAAAGCGAAAUCAAUUCCCCU